AGGCCGCCACGGUGAUGGAUCAUUCUGGCCAGUGGAUACCAACUUAAUCGACAGAAGUAGUCUGAAUGAGCCUCCCAUUGGACAGAUGCAUCCGCCGCAUGGCGUCACCCCGCAGAAGAACAGCAAUCUCCUGGUCAUCAUUGUGGUUACUGUCGGAGCAAUCACUAUUUUGGUGGUAGUCAUAGUAGCCGUGAUCUGCACAAGGAGGUCGUCUGCACAGCAAAGGAAAAAACGGGCCACACACAGCGCUAGUAAACGGAAAGGUAGCCAGAAGGAACUUAGGCCUCCAGAUCUUUGGAUCCACCACGAGGAGAUGGAGAUGAAGAACAUAGAGAAGCCAGCUGGAUCCGAAACUCAGGGGCGGGACUCCCCCCGGCCCAGCUGCCAAGAUAUCACACCAGUUAGCCACAGCCAAUCAGAGUCUCAGCUGGGCAGCAAAAGCUCACAUUCCGGUCCAGAUGCUGAUGAAGUUGGGAGUAACAUUUCCACAUUGGAGCGUUCUCUAGCAGCCAGAAGAGCCACAAGGGCCAAGCUCAUGAUUCCAAUGGAGUCACAGGCCAACAAUCCAUCUGUCGUCAGCGCUAUACCAGUUCCCACGCUAGAAAGUGCCCAGUAUCCAGGAAUUCUUCCGUCACCGACUUGUGUCUAUCCGCACCCACAGUUCACGCUUCGUCCCGUACCCUUCCCUACUCUCUCGGUGGAUCGGGGCUUCGGACCCAGUCGAGCAGUGAAUGAAGUUGCACAAUCCCAGCAGUCAUCAGUGAUAUCCCACGCACAGCCAGAACAUCCGACCAAUGAGGAUGCUCCAAGCCGGACAAUUCCUACUGCCUGUGUCCGGCCGACGCACCCGCUGCGUAGCUUUGCCAAUCCCUUGUUACCUCCACCAAUGACUGCCAUGGAACCUAAAGUCCCUUAUACACCGCUGCUAUCUCAGACAGGCUCCAGCCUACCUAAGCCACAAGUAAAGACGGCAUCGUUGGGGCUAGCAGGAAAGGCAAGAUCCCCACUUCUCCCAGUGUCAGUCCCAACAGCCCCAGAAAUGUCAGAGGAAAGCCACAAACAUACAGAUGACCCAGCCAGUGUAUACGAACAGGACGAUUUAAGUGAACAAAUGGCCAGUCUGGAGGGUUUGAUGAAGCAGCUCAACGCUAUCACGGGCUCCGCUUUCUGA